AUGGACUUAAUGAACCGCGUCUUCCAUGAUUAUUUGGACCAGUUUGUGGUAGUUUUCAUAGAUGACAUCCUUGUAUAUUCACGAACUCGAGAGGAACACGAGGUCCAUUUGAGAACUGUAUUACAGAUUUUGCGGGAGCACUGUUUGUACGCCAAAUAUGGGAAGUGUGAAUUUUGGCUGCAAGAGUACCAUCCGGGCAAGGCUAAUGUGGUAGCUGAUGCCUUAAGCCAGAAAUCUUGUGGGACUUUGGCUGGAUUAGCCAUCCGGAAAUGGACGAUGCUUGAGGAUUUGGCAGAGAUGGGAUUGUAUUGCCUUGACGAUGAUGUUUGCGAUAGAGGCCUAUGGUUUAUGGGUUUGUUGGUCGUUCCCACAGUUUUCCAUAAGGACGUUUUACGGGAGUUUCAUACUUCUCAUUUUAUAGUUCAUCCAGGUGGUACCGAGAUGUAUCAUAAUUUGAGAAGACAGUAUUGGUGGAGUGGGAUGAAGAAAGAUGUUGUACAGUUUGUGGCCAAAUGCCUUACCUGUCUUCCUAGGUCACGGAGGGAAAAUGAAGCCUUAUGGGUCAUUACUGAUAAAUUGACCAAGACGACACACUUUUUGCCUAUUAAGGCAACAGAUGAUGCUGAGGCACUUGGUGCACUUUAUGUGAAGGAGAUUGUGAGAUUGCACGGAGUUCCGGUGGUUAUUAUUUCAGAUAGGGAUGCCAAGGUACGAGAGGUUGCCUACAGGCUUGCAUUGCCACCACAGUUGGACAGAGUCUACAACGUCUUUCACGUAUCGAUGUUGCGAAAAUACGAGCCAGAUCCGUCCUAUAUUCUUGAUUGGGUUGAUGUGGACAUUAAUGAUGAUGUUUCUUACGAGGAAGGACUAGUUCAGAUCCUUGACACACGGCAUAAAGUAUUGAGGGACAAAACGAUGCCAUUAGUAAAGGUUCUCUGGAGGCAUUAUGGGGUCGAGGAGGCUAUUUGGGAGCUUGAACAGGGGGUUCACUCCAAGGAUCCCAGGGAAAGUUCUAGCUCCAAUCCCGUAGAAAGGGAUCAGGAGCAAGUUGAAGACGAUAUAUUGUUGCGUGAUUUGGUCCCACCAAGAGGGGGACAAGCGAGGGAGACCGUUGUUCUACCUUUUCAGAUAAAUGAGGAACAGUUGCAGUUGGCCAUUCAUGCAGCUCCUUUCAAAGCAUUUCGGCCGGGAGGAGCAUCAUUGUCAUAG